UGUACUUCACAAGAGCAACCAAAGAUGAAUUCUCCUCUUCGCUUUCGCAUCGUCAUUUUGUUUGUCAUCUGCACUUGCAUCAGAGUCUCCUUAGGAGAUUACGAUAAUCUCCGGGACACUUGUCCAACUUCGACACCAGGAAAACAGACAGUCUUCAUCAACGGCUUUACUUGCAAGAAUCCAGCCAACGUCAGUGCUUCUGAUUUCAAGACUUCAAAUUUGAACCAUGUGGGGGAUACAGACAAUUUUUAUCGUUCCUCAGUGAGCAUUGUCACUGCUGCAGAUUUUCCAGGACUGAAUACACUUGGCCUGUCGAUUGCUAGAACUGAUAUAGAUGUGGAUGGCCUGGUGACGCCCCAUUCCCACCCAAGGGCUUCUGAGAUGUUGUAUGUCAGCAAAGGUGCUGUUAUUGCCGGAUUUAUUGAUACCAGAAACAAACCGUUCCAACAGUUUCUAAAUGAGGGUGACGUUUUUGUGUUUCCCCGGGGGCUGCUUCACUUUUGCUAUAAUGUUGGGUAUGACCUCGCUACAGUUUUCUCAGUGCUUAAUAGCCAGAAUCCAGGGGUGGUGACAAUAGCUGAUGCUAUGUUUGAGCCUGAUUCAGAUUUAAUACAUAAGGGUGAGCGACUAAUCUCUCUUUCAGGAUCGAAGGUUAAUCGCAUGGAAAAUGUGACUCUGGCUGGCUUCAAAGGUCUAUACAGUUUGUAAUUUUUU